AUGGAGAACACAUAUGCCGACCCAGAAAACAAGAAACUGGCCGAGGUGAUGAAGGCAUUGGACAACUACUGUGCACCACGCAGGAAUACUGUGUUCGAGAGACAUCAAUUUUGGGCACACAACUUCAAUGAACAGGCAGUGGAUGUUUUGGGAUUUAUAGGUCACUGUUACACCUCCAUCAACUCAGCCCAUGUGGACCAAACAAUCCGGCCGGGCCACAGCUUCAGCCUGGCCUGUGAGUUUGUCUGCCUGCAGCCCAGCCAUGCGAUGCAGUGGUGGAAGGAUGGCCAGGUGCUACUUAACGCUAGCUCCAUCCUGCCCAACAUUACUCUGUCUAUGCAUGUGAGUGGAGCUGGAGAGAAGGACAGUGGGAACUAUAGCUGCAGGACAGAACCACCUGAUGCCCUGGGCACCACAGCUGUUAUUACAGUGGGAGACCUCCCUACCUCUGGGCCCUCUGUCAAUACCCUUGAGCCCACAGUAGAGCCAAAGCACAUACCCUGCGAGGUGGAUAGGGUUGGGGUUUCCAGACAAGGUGUUCUAGAUGUUGUGAUGGUGUGGUACCUACUGUUGAAGGCUAUAUUUCUCAUCCUCAUGGUGACCACUAUAGCUCUGGUUCUAGCCUGCAGGCUCCGCUGAAUACAGUAUGGCUCUCAAGCUUAUAACAUGCUGCCAUGCGGCUUUGCUUCCAGCUAUUGUUGAAUUUUAACAGCACAUGCUGUGGAAUGCUGUAAAUCAACUUCAAGUGCCAGUGAUCUUAGUUUAAAAUGUUGAUGGAACAGUUGGUUUUGAUCUGUGUAUUGUGUUUGUUCAAUUAUAACUUAGAUAAACUUAGAUAUAACUUAGCCUACAUGAUUAACUAUUUGGUAUAAUUAUUUCUUCAACCCUGUACUGCUCCUGCAAUAAACAGUUUUUUUCUCCA